AGAGAACAGUCAUGAUGAAUAAACAACUGAUCCAAGUGCACUAGAAAGUUAAGUUUCAAGAUCCAGCAAUAACAGAAUUAAGGCAAGGCUGCAGCACCACCAUGCCCAGUCUCGUCUUGCUCUUGAUGAUGAAUUUCGUGAUGAUGGUAAUUGCCACCUUUCCUGAAUUCACAUACAACGGAUUCAGCGGCGCCAGGAACCUCCUCCUCGACGGCGCCGCUUCCGUGGGAGAAGAUGGGAUCCUCUCCCUGACGAAUGGCAGCAGCGGCGCCCAGCAGCAGGGGCGCUGCUUCUAUCCCUACCCUAUUCCCCUGCAGUACACCGGUGGUGAGACCCGCUCCUUCACCUCCACCUUCGUCUUCGCCGUCACAUGCUCCGGCUCCGGCAGCUGCGGGGAUGGGAUGACAUUUGUCAUCUCCUCGACCGCCGACUUCCCGGCCGCCUCUUCGCCGGCGUACCUGGGCCUUGCCAACCCGCACGAUGCAUCGUCAAACCCUUUCGUCGCCAUAGAGCUCGACACCGUCGCAGACCCGGACGCGACGAACGGCAACCAUGUCGCCAUUGAUUUCAACAGCCUGACGUCCAACUUGUCUAGACCUGCAGGGUACAUCUACGACGACGAAGGAGCCGUCGGCAACUCUAGCUUUCAGGCGCUCAAGCUUUCCAGCGGCGACCCGAUGCAGGCGUGGGUGAGCUACGACGCCGGAGCAGCCCGGCUCGACGUCACGCUUGCGCUCGUCCCCAUGUUCAUGCCCUCCGUGCCGCUACUGUCUUACAACGUCAGCCUCUCGCGAUUGCUGUCGGCGGCCGACGAUUCUCCCAUGGCGACCAAAGCAUAUUUCGGCUUCACCGCUUCGACGGGUGGUGAUCCCGGUGGCGCUGGCGCCACCCAUCAAGUUCUUGGCUGGAGCUUUAGCAACGGUGGAUUGCCACUCGACUACUCGCUGCUGCCCCUGAAACGAGCUCAUCAGGGUCAGGAUUAUAGCAGAAGUAGACGAGCCAACAGGAAGAGCUUCGUCACAUGGUUGCCUGCAGCUGCAUCAGUGCUCGCCGUGCUUGCAGCCAUGGCAGCGUGUCUUGUGCUCCGGUGGUGCUGGAAGAAGAACGCCCGGAGUCGGGAAAACUGGGAAGCAGAGCUGGGACCUCGCCGCUUCGCUUACCGAGACCUCCGCCGCGCCACCGACGGGUUCAAGCAUCUGCUGGGGAAGGGUGGCUUUGGCCGCGUCUACGGAGGCGUUCUCUCCGCGUCCGGCAUGCCCAUCGCCGUCAAGCGUGUCUCGUCUGAGUCCAGGCAUGGUAUGACGCAAUUCACGGCCGAGAUCAUCAUCCUCGGCCGCCUCCGCCACCGCAACCUCGUUCGCCUCCUCGGCUACUGCCGCCACAAGGAGGAGCUGCUGCUGGUCUACGAGCACAUGCCCAACGGCAGCCUAGAUAAGUACUUGCACGAGCACACGUACUCCAGCAACUGCAGGACGCUGGGUUGGCCUCAGAGGCUUCACGUCAUCAAGUGCGUCGCGGCGGGGCUGCUCUACCUGCACGACGACUGGGAGCAGGUCAUCGUCCACCGCGACGUCAAGGCCAGCAACGUGCUCCUCGACGCCGACAUGAACGGCCGCCUGGGCGACUUCGGCCUCGCGCGGCUGCACGACCACGGCGCCGACGCGCACACCACCCACGUCGCCGGCACCAGGGGCUACCUCGCCCCGGAGCUCACCAGGUUCGGCAAGGCCACCAAGGCCACCGACGUGUUCGCGUUCGGCGCCUUCGUCCUCGAGGUGGCGUGCGGGCGCCGGCCGAUGGGGCACAACGCCCGCGGCGAGCUGCUCGUGCUCGUCGAGUGGGUGCGCGACGCGUGGGCGGCGGGCGGCGGCGGCUCCGUCGUCGACACCAUGGACCCGAGGCUGGAGGAGUACUCCGGCGAGGAGGCGGAGCUGGUGCUCAAGCUCGGGCUGCUCUGCUCGCACCCGCUCCCCGCCGCGAGGCCCGGUAUGCGCCUCGUCAUGCAGUACCUCGACGGCGACGUGCCGCUGCCGGAGUUCUCGCCGGAUUAUCUCUGCAUCAAAGACGUCGACCAGGUCCAAGUUGGAGACUACUCUCCCUCGGUGGUCACCACGAUCACAGGUCUGUCCGGAGGAAGAUGACGGCCAAUUUAGGCGCCACCAUGCCUCAUCCUUGACCACGCUACAUACUUACAUAGUAGGCAAAAGUAAUGCAUGGUUCCUAAAGGUGAGAUGGAUGGGUAGCUAGUAAGUUUUCUUCUUCGUUUGUGUUCAAAUGUUCUUUAAAGUUGUUGGAUUUCUUACAUGAGAUUUGCUUCGGUUCAACAAAAAGUAUCCCGAGGUACAGGUAUCUCACGAUAUCAAUCGUUUCCGAUCAUUGAAUCUAACAAUGCCCAUCCUGUCCAACUAAAUCAAACGAUAGAAAAUGAUUUAGUACUGCGAGGUACCGGUACUUUUUGUUGGACUGGAGCAAAUCUCCUAACCCUUACCUCUACGGCGGCGGCCACGACGCCCCCACGGAGGGGGUGCCCGACCCAUACUAUGCCUGGAGCGGCGGCGGCGUCUUACAAGCAUGUAGAGGCUUGUGAAUGAUAAAGUGCUUACACACAUGUGCG